GGCAGGCAGCAGAAAGACUCUCGUAACAGCCGUACACAACAGACCAGGCUGUUGGAACACCGCUUCCGCCUCGUGUUUCAUUCCUUUAUCAGAUCUGCGCUCGUUGUGUCUCUUCAUUGUAUUCGUUGUUGCUGUUAUUUUGGUAUAUGUACUGUGUUCUUGGAUAAAGCAGUAUGGAUACAAAUGCAUCAAUACAAAUGCAUUCAGCUCAUGGUCGCAUCUUCUGGCAUCAACAGCUUGUGGGUCUCCGCAUCUCAAUCGACCCCAACGCUCCUUGGCGUAUCUGGAUUUGGAUUUCCCGUAAAAGAACUGAAUCGCGUAUUGAUUUCUUUUCUCUGCCAAUAAUCGUGUAGUAAGCAGUCGCUGCUCAGAGGAGGCAGCAAUCAUGAUCCUCCUCGUCGUCCUCUUCUGUUCUGUCCUCAGAUCAACCAAAUACUAUGACGGCAGACAGAUACAGACGCCGUAGACCCCGGCGCCCUGCAAAGCCCAUCCUCUCUCUUCUCGCGUUCCUUGUAACAUUCACCUUCUUCUCCACCUUCUUCUUCUCCUCCUACUUCUCCUCCUCCGCCCGCACGCGCUCUCGCCUCGCAAAGGCAGCUUUCAACGAAACCCUCGGCUUUGGCGAUAUAAUCUACAUCAGCAUGCCGUCUCGCACCGACCGCCAAGAUGCAAUGACCUUACUUGCGUCCUGGUCCGGCUUGAUACUACACCAUUUCCCGGGCGUGGACGGCGCCUCGAUCGAGAGGAAAGCAAGACCGGAUCAUACACCGGACGACAUGCCGCUCAGCGCAUUGGGGUGCUGGAGAGCACAUGCGAAUGUCUGGCGGCAUUUUCUGAGUACGAACCUCGAGACAGUACUCGUACUCGAGGAUGAUCUCGACUGGGACGUCAACAUCCACGAGAUCUUCGAGCUCUUCUCGCUAUACAUGCAGUCCAACACCCUCCGCACCACCCCUCCCCCCCAUCACGAGACCGAGUCUGCUCCAUACGGCCUGGACUGGGACAUUCUAAACCUCGGGCAAUGCUACAACCAGCCCAAUGCAGACCGUCUCGACCUCUUUGCGACCUACAAAGACCCGUACCUACCAUCCUCACUGGACAGCGUUUUCGUUGACAUGCGCAUGAUGAUGCAGCAGUUCAAGCUCUCGCCUGAAGAUAUGCAGACAAACAGGGUUGUCAGUCCCUCAUGGCAACCCACCUGCACGAUGGCCUACGCACUCACCCGCUCCGGUGCGCAGCGCAUGCUGUUCCACAGCUCCUACGCAGGCCUGCACGAACCGGUCGACCUCGAAAUCAUCUCGCACGCGCAGUCUGGCAAGAUCAAGGGUUAUGACUUGACGCCUCCUCCGUUUAAUGCCUGGCGUACGGACGGGCAGAAGGACUCGGACAAUAAUGCGUUGAAUAGCAGACGGGCGCAGUCGCUGCACGGGAAGGGGAAUUUGGGCGGGUAUAGCUUGAAUAUAGGAACGAGCGUCCGACGGGAGAUUGCUUUGGAGAUGGCGAGGUUUGAUAAUUGGCAUGAUCUCAGCACUGCACAUCCUGUAUCAGACAGCAGAUGAUUGCAAAUACAGAGAAUCAAUAUCAAUAAGUAAAUAGUA